AGAAUAUACAGUGUCUACAUUUGUGCUCAGAGCUCUAAUUUCAUGCGAUACAUCUCCUGUGAAACGUAUAAAUUCACUUAAGUGUCUGUGUGAGUGUGCGAUUCUCAGAAGGCCGGUGUUCAGUAGGUGAUUAUGUUCUGGAGAGCGGUUAUCAGCGUGAUUAGGCUGAUGACAGGCCUCCUGUCCUGUAUGAGAUAAUAGAGCUCUGGGUCCCUCUGAUGCCUCUUACCCUGCAGAUAACAGCACACACAUACAUUUACACCGUCAGACCUCGCUGCCGAGUUGCCUUUGUUGAAAGCCACUGCGCUGACUCAUUUGAAUGAGAACACAUCAUUUUCCUAUGCAUUUUUACCGUGCCUGCGUGGGUCCGUGAGAGCAAAAUACACAAACAGAUCGGGUAAGGUCACUCAAAUGAAGUGGCUAAAUAAACACAAGCAGAUCUGCAACGUCAAAAUGUCUUAAAAUCCAUUUGCAUAGUAGUACCUGAAAACAAGCCUGAAAGUAAAAAGAUCAUGUGAUGCUGCAGACUAUGCCACUGAAGGAGUAAAGAUAAGACCCUUCUUCCUUGGCUGGAAUCGUUUACAACUGCAUUUGGGAUCGUUUGAAGCCGCAUUUGAACGGCAUUUUGGAAGUUCAAAACCGGGGCACCAUAUCAGUCCAUUAUAUGGAGAAAAAUGCUGAAAUGUUUUCCUCAAAAAACAUAAUUUCUUUACGACUGAAGAAAGAAAGACAUGAACAUCUUGGAUGACAAGGAGGUGAGUACAUUAUAUGUGAAUCUUUGUUUUGGAGGUGGACUUGUCCUUUAAGUUAUCUGCAUGAUUGCAGGCUUUUAGCCUAAUCCAUUACUUCAUAUUUUCUGUACAAGUGGCAUCUCAUGAAGUUGGUUUAGAGAAUGCCUAGUGCUUGCACUGCUGUGAUCUGUGCAAGAGUGGCUGCAUUGCAGAAGCUAAAAUAUAAGGCAGUUUUGCUUUGUAUAACAUGUUUUGGUCAAAACAAAAUCCCCACAUUUCCAUUUGUGUUAUUUCAUGUUUAUUAAACACUUACUCUAAUUUUAAAAUGAGGAAUAUAGAAAUUUCAGAGGAUGCAUGGAUGUGUCCAAACUAGUACUGGUACUAUUUUUAUUUACAGCGGAAUGUUUUAGAAACGUCCCACAGAGUUCUCAUAAAAUGUCAGUUCCCUAAAAUAGUUUCAGGAUAUCACAUACAAAGUAGCCAGUAUGUAUUUAUACAGUAUACAGAAAGGAUGUUGUGCCAUUUAACCUCAAGACUAAAAAGAUUAUUUAUAAAAGUUAUUUUUAAAUGUAUCUGAGUAUUACUAUGGUAUUACUACUGUGGCAAACAAAUUCUGAUGGUUAUUAUGAUAAAAGAUAAUGGUGCUUGUUGAUUAUGAAAGUUUUAUACGAAAUUCUGGAAGUAACACAAGACUGAUGAGUUACAUAGGUUUGAAUUACUUAAACUUUGGGUCAAAGGUCAUUUUUAGGUGGUCUCUCCUAAAGACAAUUCACAAUAUAUGGAUCAAAAAAGCUCAAUGCUCGAAGAUUAUGAAAAGGGAGAAAAUGCACAAGACAAGAAACAGAAAUGUCAAUAUUUGUUUUCCUGUCCGUGUGACACUGACAAAACAAUCAAAUGACCACAGUUCCUCCCAGCUGCAGUAAACAUGAUGUUAGAGUUAAAACACAGUUCCUGCAUUACUAUCUUAACCACAUGUUCAUGGUUGAGAGGAACACAAAAAGAAACAAUAUUGGUCCAUAUCAACCACUAAUCUGAAUAUUGGGUGGAUGUGUCAUCCUUAGUGGCCAAUUCUGUUUUUAGGGUGAGAAAUGGAGGACGUACACACUCAGAAAUAUCACAUUUAAGGUGAUUUGGAAACAGAGGACACACAGAUGAGUGAGUUUUGCACAUGAAUACAUCAAUUUCCUGUCAUUGUCAUAUGUGGUAUUAGCUAACAUGGGCCACUCGUGGGAGUGUCUUUCUGCCUUUCUUCUUUGCUGUGAUGGAAGGAUGUGGUUUUCUUAAACAUAUGAAACCUGUUCGUUGGCGCUUUUCAUGCGUGGAUGAGGAAGCUUGCGCAAGUGAAUGGGAAGGGAGGUUCAGAUUUUACACAUCUGUCUGCCACUUAAUCCACAAGUCAUAAAGACAGAUGCUUGUAUAAAUAUAUACACAGACUGUAAGACUUUCUGAAGCUCUAAUAGCUGUGAAGAAACUGGACUUAGGCACUGGAAGAAUGCCAUUUUGUGGUUAUUUCCUCACAGCUUUGAUCAUCCUCAAGCUGCAUUUUAGUGCUGCUGAAUAUUCUGCCCCACCAGCUCCUACACUUAACCAGACAGCCGUCGGAGGCUCAUCUGUUGAGUUGGUGUGUCAGGCUCCAGAGGGUUAUGGUGGACUUGUAUUUAAACUUUACAAAAUGCAACAGCUAAUAGAUAAGGUUGAGCAUCCAAGCGAACAGCAAAGGGCUCACUUUAUUCUUAGGGGAAAGGAUACAGAAAAAGAGAACCUAUAUUGCUGUCAGUAUGACAGAAGCAUGAUCAGUUUCUAUAUGCAGCCAGAGCCAGAAGUCUCUGUCAGUCCCCCUCCAUCGCCUCACUUGAUGGUCGAGCCCUCUAGUGGGCAUGUCAAUCCUGGUGAGACGCUGUCAUUCCACUGCCAGGCUCCACCUGACCCUCAGAAGCAGCCUCCUGAGGCUUUCCUCUUGCUCCGGAGAGCCAAAGGAACACCAGGCUCCAUGGUUGCUCCAGCUCAGCUGGUGUCUCAGUCCCAUGAAGCUCAUUUCAGUGUGAAGACAAUGGGACGGGAGGACGGUGGGGAGUAUGUCUGCCUCUACCAACUCAAAUCUGCGAAGACAGGACAAGUGAACUCCACAACCAGUCAGCCGGUACACAUUACUGUCAUAGAGCUCCCAGUCCCCACUCUGUUCUGGUCCCGACACAAAGGUGAAGUUCUAGAGUGUGUUGGGUCACCUUCAUAUCCGCAAGGCUUCUUCUAUUUAUAUCGUGUGGGCAAUCUGUCACCUGAGGUGACUCAUCAGGCUUCCCUAACCCAGCACAGUGCUAGAUUUCCUGUACCCACCCAUAAUGAACAUGGUGGACAGUAUCAGUGUCAGUACAGCGUGUCUUUGGGCAACUCUAAGGUGUUCUCUAAAAUGAGCUCACCAGUAAAUAUCCCAUGCAUUACAGGAUAUCACUCAUGCACAUCGACCUCUACAGACCUGGCUCUGAUUGUUGGCUCGGUGUCUGCCGGUGUUCUGUUCCUCAUAGUGGUGGCAAUCCUUGGCUUUGCCAUGCACAGACAUAUCAAAAACAUGGCAGAGAGAAGGAGACAAAGAGAUCAAGAAAAAUUUUGGCAGCAUGUUCAUGCCAGAGAUCAUAUUGUUGACCUCACUCUGCAGCGUGUUGAUACUGAAUCUGAGGACAACAGACAAAUGCUUAGAGGACGACCCUCAUUUUCAGAGCCCAUCUAUGACACUCCCAUGGCAACCUUUAAGAACCCCUCACUUUGCUGAUAUCUAUCUAUCUAUCUAUCUAUCUAUCUAUCUAUCUAUCUAUCUAUCUAUCUCUUUGGGUUAACCAGAUGCUGUAUUUUGUGCUACAUGUACAUUUUGUUUGACAUAUUCUGUAUAUUGUGAUGUUAAUUUAAACACUGAAACAUUUUGUAUAUUUGUGAAUUAAUGUACGAGUAAACAAUCUACUGUAUAGUUCAUAGUAUUUGUUAAUUAAGAUAUGUUUUUUUUUUUUUUUUUUGUUUUUUUUUUCUGUCAGCAGGGGGCUCUGGACAUCUAGAUAUUAUGUGAGAUUGAUAUUUCAGUGAAGCACUGGCAGUUUUGCAUGUUGGAUAUUAAAUCUUUACAAUUCAUUUUAAAGAUUUAAUCACCUAAAGCUGAAAAGUCAUAGCUUUUAUUUGCACUUUUUGUAAUGUCUUACUAAUGUUACUUAGUUCAAGUGGUUAUUAAGAACUUCUUUCAGUUCCUCUUUGCUUAUCAUGAAACUUUUUAAAGGAAAUUCAUUUGACAGUCAUGCCAGAGCUACAUUUUUCGUAAGAAAAUUAAACAUCUAUUAAUUGA